GUCUAGAUUUACAACGAAAAUUUUUCACCCAAAUAUCAAUUCAAAUGGAGCCAUCUGUCUUGACAUUCUCCGUUCACAAUGGUCACCAGCAUUAACGAUUUCUAAAGUUUUACUUUCAAUCUGUUCGCUGCUUUGUGAUCCGAAUCCCGAUGAUCCAUUAGUACCUGAUAUCGCGCGUACAUAUAAGACGGACAAGGAGAAAUAUAAUGCAACGGCGAGACAGUGGACUCAGAAAUAUGCCAUGUAAAAAUUUCGAGACAUGAUCAAGUGUGCAACAAAUAAUCAUCAAGAAAAGAGACAUAACAUACGUCUAUCUCUACAUAUUCUCUUUUUUUCCUGUUUGUUUGUUCCUUUCUUCUUCUUCUUCUUCGUUUCUUUCUUUUUCAAUAGCACACAUUUACUUUUUGCCCUUCUUUUUAAAUUUGUCUUUCUUUUUCUUUGUUCGUGUAUUUGAAUGAACAUGAAGUGAGUGAAAACGAGAGAGAGAGAGAGACAGACUUAUAUAUUCAACAGAUUCUCAUAACAUCAUCAUCAACAACAUAUACUUUUCUGUGUGCGUGUAUUUAUAUGUAUGUACGAUGUGUUCGUGUCUAUGUUAUGAAAGAAGAAAACUACAAAAGGU